AUGUCUGCUAAUAACACCACCCUUCGACGGCUUAUGAAAGAGGCUCAAGAGCUCUCUCCAUCAUCCUCUACGCCGUCUCCUCACUUCCACGCCCAUCCGGUGUCCGACUCAAACCUCUUCGACUGGCAUUUUACCCUUGCAGGACCUCCUGCUCCUUCGCCUUACGCUGGUGGCAUAUAUCAUGGCCGUAUUGUCCUUCCCCCACAAUAUCCGUUACGGCCUCCCUCGUUUCGUUUCUUAACCCCAUCUGGCCGGUUUGAAGUCAACCGCGAGAUAUGUCUGAGUAUAAGUGGUCAUCAUGAGCGGACCUGGCAACCAGCGUGGGGUAUUCGGACCGCCUUGACUGCAAUCAGAAGCUUUAUGGACGGUGAGCCAAAGGGUCAAGUUGGCGGACUAGACGCAAGCAGUGAAGCUAGGAAGGACUGGGCAAAACAAAGCAGAGACUGGGUUUGCCCGAGUUGCGCUGAAGGAAAAACGAAUGCGGAGGUUUUGGCUGAAUGGCAAGACAUAUGCCGUGAGAAAGGUGUCGAUGUUGAAAACGAGGGUACUCCAGGGGAACAGCAAGAUGGCGCCGACACCGUUCCUGAAGGUCUCAAGCUUGGAUAUCGCGAUGAGUUAGAAAAAGGAUCCAAGCCAGGUUCUGAACAGGCCCAAACGCCUACUCAGGAGCCAAUGCCUCCUCAAUCCGACGAUGAUACCAAAGAAAUACCUCGAUCUGUAGCAUCAGCACUCGAGAACCUUACACCAACGGCAAAUACAACUACGGAAACCCCACGUAGGGCAGAAGUACCCGCAGCCUCAAGCCAGUCCGCCACAGAUAUUCGGCCUCAGGUACCCUUAGCACCUCGGCAGGAUCGCACGCAAGUAUCCGUCCGGAAUACCCCCGGUCAAGAUGAAGGGCCCUGGCUAGACAGGGCCAUUAUAGGUGUUAUAUGCGCUUUGGCUUUUGUCAUUCUUCGAAAGGUUUUGUUUGCUCCUGCGGAAAUUUGA